GUUAUUAGCAUAGAUAAUGCAUAACAAUGUGGCCUAAUUCAAAAAUAUUAAACCAUGACUUUGUUAAUUGGACUUUAUUCCAUUCUCAACUGAAAGUAUUCCUGUGUAGCAUUCUUGAAAACAAAUUUUAGAAUUGGUUCAGUAUCCUUGCAGAAGCAGCCUUUGAAAAAAUUUUCAUUAUGAAGAUGGAAGAGAAGGAGACUUUGAAAAGUAACAAGUAUAAAUGUGGAGAUUAUCCUGAACAAACUACUUGUUUACUAGAAAAAUCACGGAACUCAAAAAAUCAGUCAAAAGAUUUAUUGAAACAUGGAAAGAAUAGGAACAAUGUCAAUUCAAAUGGAGAUGGUUCUUCCAUAAGCUGUACAUCUGCCAAAGUCCUAACGACAGAGUCUAAAUCAGUCGAUGCUCAAUCACCAAGAUCGCCAGAGACAUCCAAUAAGAGGAACAUCUUCAAAAUAUUUAGAGCCAAGUCUGCUUCGUCUUUGUCAAGCAGCCCUUAUGUGAACCGAAGGACAAAAGAUGUUAGCGCUAUUAACCAAUACAUGUCCGCAUCCGCACAGAAUAGUCCUGUAGUUUGCAAACAAAAAGACAAGUUUAGAAGGCAGAACAAUAUAAGCCAGAUGCCGCAAGUGCCUACAAGAGGAAUUGAUUUGGUUAGGACUAGCCGCAAUAAUAAAAACCACACUUCCAAGCCUGUGCCACACAUCAAAUCGUCUUCCCCUUAUCGAUCUUCCGGAAAAUACGAAUUCAGCAUUACGGAACGGAACGGUGACGGUUCAACGACGACAAUACACAAUAAUACAGUGGCAAAUGCAGCAGCAAAUCAUCAAACUCAUGCUCAAUCAGACGAAAAUAAUCUUUCAAUGCAUAAAGAUGAUAAUGUCAAAGGAAAAUGCUUUAUGUGCCACAGGUUUUUGACGUCAGGACCCAUCAAGAAAUUUUUCAGUGGCAUGCAAUUUGAAUCUGCGUCAGUUGAAAAGCUAUAUCAAAGAUAUUUCUUCAGACUUAAUAUGAAAAGUCUCACUAUUUUAUUGUGGCUCAUUAUUGCCUUAUGUGUUUUUCUCAUUGGUUUUCAUUACAUUGGUUCAGAAUCAGAAUACAGAGAUGUCUCAAAUGGAAUUGUUUAUGGAUGUUUUAUAUUCGCUUGUCUCGUGUUACAGGUCGUAUUUUUAUUUAAUGUUUUUUCUCAAUAUACACUGCUCUACCUGUGCUACAUUAUAUUAACGAUGAUUCUAGCUGUGGAUAUUUAUACCAUCGUAAAAGUUGAGAUCUACACGACGGGCUACGCUAUUUGGUUAACGAUUCUUGUAACGUACACCCUUUACACUUUUAUGCCUCUUCCGCUACUGGCUGUUUCAACUGCAGGAGUGUCCCUUAGCGUCAUCCACCUUCUAUUGUCUUAUCUUGCGAAUGCAGACAAAACUGCCUAUACACAGGAGGUGUUUGCAGAUCUUGUUAUUUUCAUUGGCACAAAUAUCGCCGGGGUAUGCACAAGAUUUUCUGCGGAAGUCGCACAACGAAAAGCGUUCGCUGAAACGAGAGAUUGUAUCGAAGCUAGGAUCAAAACGCAAAAAGAAAAUCACCAACAGGAGCGACUACUCCUUUCUGUACUUCCUCGCCACGUUGCCAUGGAAAUGAAAGCCGAAAUUGAAUAUGAAAGACAAAAUCAACAAUUCCAUAAAAUUUAUAUACAAAAACACAAUAACGUCAGUAUACUCUUUGCCGACAUAGAAGGAUUUACGAAACUUGCUUCACAAUGCCGAGCACACGAUCUUGUUCGGACUUUGCAUGAAUUAUUCGCUCGCUUCGAUAAACUUGCCAAGGAUAAUCACUGUUUGAGAAUCAAGAUUUUAGGUGAUUGCUAUUACUGUGUUUCUGGACUUCCUGAUCCACGGGCAGACCAUGCACAAUGCUGUGUUCAAAUGGGUCUUGAUAUGAUAGACACCAUAUCGCUGGUACGAGAUGUCACUGGUAUUCCAGGUUUAGAUAUGAGAGUGGGUAUUCAUACUGGACGUGUUCACUGUGGAGUACUGGGACUUAAAAAAUGGCAAUUUGAUGUAUGGAGUAACGAUGUAACUCUCGCUAACCAAAUGGAAGCGGGUGGAUGUGCUGGACGUAUCCACAUCACUGAGGCUACAUAUAAAUAUUUGAAAGAUGAUUAUGAAGUUGAACCAGGCAAUGGACAAGAAAGGAAUAAAUAUUUAAAAGAAAAAGAUAUUACUACAUAUUUGAUUGUUGGACUAAAAGAAAAACCAAAAAGCACGAUACCUGAGACAACUUCAAUGUCGGGAUCGAGUAGAAAUCCAGCUAAAUGGAAGAAAUAUGUCAGCAAGGAAAUGAAAAUGAUGGGAUUCGAUGAAAGACAAGGACGAGUAUUGACGCCAAAUAUAUCUGACGAACAAACAUACGGACGAGCGGAAGAAGAUGUUAAUGAUUUCUUGAAUCGUGCAAUCGACGAUCAAUCUCUCGAUAUUCUGAGAUCCGGUCAUAUGAGUACAUUCUUUCUCACAUUCAAAGACAAAGAUCAAGAAAAAGAGUAUCUUCAUAACCACGACCAGCAAUUUCCUCUCUAUGCUACAUUUGGACUCAUUAUUUAUAUACAUAUUAUAAUAAUACAGGCCAUCAUGAUACCUUUUACACCGGCAAUGUUAUCAAUAUAUAUAGGAGCUACAUUUCUUAUACUUGGACUAUUCGCAAUCGCAAACCUUUGCUUCAAGAAAAAAUCAGAAAAGGUUAUUCUGGCAUCUACAUUGUCCACUUGUAAACCUCACCCACGUCUUCCAUCGGCUAUUGCUUUGUUUAUCGUUUUUCUAACAACUAUAAUGGCAUUCGGGAAUAUGCUUUUCCUGUCUUCACCAGAUUUGCUAGAAUGUACUGCAGAAUUGAUGAAUACAAGUUCGAAUUAUCUUACAGCACAUAAUGUUACAAAUACUCUCAAUAUCACAAUACUUGAUAACCAGGUCAAUGUUUGUGGCGAAAGUGCUAUUGUAACAUUUUUUCCACAGUAUUUCACGUAUUGUGUUCUUCUGUCCAUGUUGACUUGUGCUGUGUUUUUGAGUCUUCCUUGUCUAUUGAAGUUGAUUACGAUGUUGAUGCAAGUUCUUCUUUACACAUUGUUAGUGGAAUUUGUCUAUCCGACAAUGUAUGAAAACGCAGAUAUAUUGUUACAUUCUACGAUAGAAGGUUCUGAAGUUUGGGCUGUACCUCUUCAAUACGCGACGCCAGCUAUUUUAUUUUUAUUUUUCGUUUCACUUUUUCUUCAUGGUCAACAAGUUGAAUCUACGGCUCGUAUGGAUUUUCUUUGGAACCGUCAGGCUGCUGAAGAGAGAGAAGAUACAAGACGUUUUCAAGCGUACAAUCAUAAAUUACUUCAUAACAUAUUACCAAUGGACGUUGCACAGUAUUUCUUGGAAAAAGAAAGAUCAAAUGAAGAACUGUAUUGUCAGUCUUGUGAAUGCGUGGCUGUGAUGUUUGCAACUAUCACUAAUUUCUCAGACUUUUACAUCGAACUUGAAGCAAACAAUGAAGGUGUUGAAUGCCUGAGAUUACUCAAUGAAAUAAUUGCAGAUUUUGACAGUAUAAUAGGAGAAGACGAAUUUCAUCAGCUUGAAAAAAUUAAGACGACUGGCAGCACAUAUAUGGCGGCAUCUGGUUUGAACGCUAAAACUUACGAUGCCAAAGAUUCGACCCACAUAUCCGCACUUUGCACAUAUGCUAUGAGACUUCAAGAUCAACUCGAUUAUGUGAACGAACAUUCAUUUAACAAUUUCACAUUGAGAAUAGGUUUGAACAUUGGGCCUGUGGUAGCAGGGGUAAUCGGAGCUCGUAAACCUCAAUAUGAUAUUUGGGGAAAUACAGUGAACGUUGCUAGUAGAAUGGAUAGUACAGGAGUUCCAGGGAAAAUUCAGGUUUCCGAAGAAAUGGCCGGUUUGUUGAAGAAAAAGGGAUUCGAUUUAGAACUCAGGGGUAAAAUUAAAGUGAAAGGAAAAGGUGAAAUGAUGACUUAUUUUCUUUUAGGUCCGCGACCACAAGCCGAGCCAAGGAGCUGAUAACUUAUUAAAUCUACUGGGAAGGGGAUUUUUUUGUUCGAAAUAUUUUAUUAUUUUCCCACUGCUUCAUUUUACAUAUUCUUUUUUCUAUUUUUGUUGAUAUUUCUCUUUUUUCCACAUUUUUUUUUUCAUUUGUUCACCAAUUUUUUUGUUUCUCAAAUUUGCACUGUGAAACCCGCUCUUGUACUUAUAAUUAAGAGAGAGUUUCCAUUUUAAGUAAUUCUAUUAUAAAUAUAACUAUCUAUAUAUGAAUUAUCAAAUUAUCUAUAAUUGUUCUAUAUAUAUUGAAUAGAAAUCCUAUCUUUGCAUCUUCUAUUCAUUGUUCUAGACAUCUUGUAUAUCAAGAUUUUAUUUCUUCCAAAUUUUCGAUUUACCAUUUUAAUUUUUUAGUUGAAGUUGAGUUAAGUCAUGACUAGGUAUAUACCUAACCAAAUAGUUUAUUACUCCAGUGUUCUUUCAUGUAACAGGCUUCGCUUUUGUGAAUAUUUCAAAUGAAUUCAAUUAUUUAUUAAUAAAAUAAUGUGUGUCGAUUUUCUGUUGACAAACAAAGUUGACAUUAACAAGGAUUCCCAAACAUAAACAUCUGAUUUUGUAAAUUUUUUUCAAUAGCAUAUUUUGAAUGUGCUUUGAUCUAAGCAAGACUCGACUUGAGUUACAUUAUUUAAGGAUUCAAGUAUGUUUAGUAAUUGUGAGGAGUGACUCGAGUCGUGAGUGAUGGGGUUUGAGCCCGGGUGCCUUGCAAAACUUUCAAAUAAUAUUUUUCAAGAUUUCACGGUGGUAAAAUUCAAAUUCAUCUAUUUAUUUCAAGCUUAUGUUCCAUGCUAGAUUGUUAACACUUGACCAUGCUCGUUCGAUGAAAAAGAAAUAAAUUUUUGUCUUUUGAUUAAAUGUAAUUGCUUUAUUGUUCAAUUUCAUGUCUGAUUGAUUGUGAUUAUAUUUGUAUUUCGCUUGUAAAUGUCCAUUUUAGCUUGAAAUGUCGCCACUGUCUUGUUUUCUAUCUUAAUACUAGGGGUUGGGGUGCUAGCAUAGGAUUAUACUCGUCCAAACAAGGGUGAUAGUUAAAUUGUUCACCUAAGAUUGCCAGAGGUAUGUAUGUUAUUUGAUAUUUAUAAAUAGGGUAACUAUAAUUACAUUCUCAGUUCCAUGGUGGAAA